AUGGGUCCAAGCAUACAGAAUGUAAAUAAUACAUUAUCAAUUUUGCAUAAUUCAAAAUCACGGUUUGACAAGCGUACAAAAUCACGGGUUGACGAGCGUACAAAAUCACGGUUUGACGAGCGUACAAAAUCACGGGUUGACGAGCGUACAAAAUCACGGUUUGACGAGCGUACAAAAUCACGGUUUGACGAGCGUACAAAAUCACGGUUUGACGAGCGUACAAAAUCACGGUUUGACGAGCGUACAAAAUCACGGUUUGACGAGCGUACAAAAUCACGGUUUGACGAGCGUACAAAAUCACGGUUUGACGAGCGUACAAAAUCACGGUUUGACGAGCGUACAAAAUCACGGUUUGACGAGCGUACAAAAUCACGGUUUGACGAGCGUACAAAAUCACGGUUUGACGAGCGUACAAAAUCACGGUUUGACGAGCGUACAAAAUCACGGUUUGACGAGCGUACAAAAUCACGGUUUGACGAGCGUACAAAAUCACGGUUUGACGAGCGUACAAAAUCAAGGGUUGACGAGCGUACAAAAUCACGGUUUGACGAGCGUACAAAAUCAAGGGUUGACGAGUGUACAAAAUCACGGUUUGACGAGCGUACAAAAUCACGGUUUGACGAGCGUACAAAAUCACGGUUUGACGAGCGUACAAAAUCAAGGGUUGACGAGUGUACAAAAUCACGGUUUGACGAGCGUACAAAAUCACGGUUUGACGAGCGUACAAAAUCACGGUUUGACGAGCGUACAAAAUCAAGGGUUGACGAGCGUACAAAAUCACGGUUUGACGAGCGUACAAAAUCAAGGGUUGACGAGUGUACAAAAUCACGGUUGGACGAGCGUACAAAAUCACGGUUUGACGAGCGUACAAAAUCACGGUUUGACGAGCGUACAAAAUCACGGGUUAACCAGUGUUUGAAUUUACGGUUUGGCAAGCGUACAAAAUAUCGGUUUGGCGAGCGUACAAAAUCCUUGGUUACGGCACUCAUUAAAUUGUAG